UCACCUUCGUUACAGCACCAACCCACAUCAUGGCCUUCAGACGCAUUGACAUUGACCAGUACGACGAAGACAUCUACACUGAAGAAGAAAUCUUGGCUGACGCCGAGUCUGGUCGAUCCAUCGACGAGAUAAAUUCCGUUGUCGAUGCCAGAGCUACCGAUGUUAGAAAUCUACUCACCAGAGGUAACAACAGCGAUGCCUUGACCAAGUCCUUGGAGGAUCCGCCCUAUGGACGCAACCUCGAGAGUGCCAAGGCAAAGAACAUAAAAACCGUGGUUGAUGUGCUCAACCAGUUUAGAGCAAACGAUAUCCCAACAGCGAUCAAAGGAUUGAAUUUGGACCAACAGGAUGUCCUCAUGAAGUACUUGUAUGCCGCGCUUUCAAAGCCUGAGCAAUUCAACUCUGGCAUGAUAUUGAACUGGCAUGAAAAGUUGACCGAAGUUGCUGGCCCAGGAUCCAUUGUUCGCGUCAUGACUGAUAAGCGCACUGUAUUUUAAAUUACGCAUCUAUUUUUUUCUUCUAUCCUGGGGGGUGUUUGUGAAAAAUCCUGUGAAAU